AUGAUCUUUUUUCCCUCGGCAUCUGAUGUACGGGCUUUAUUCUUGUCCAACAUAGUUAACUUUAAAGCUUAUCAUAUACGAGUUGUCCUUCUACAUCGCAGACUCCAUGCUUCAAUGCUGAAUUACAUUGAACCCAUACUCGGCUUCAACACCGUGCGCCACUAUGCUAUCAUUGCUAUGAGCACAAUAUCAUCUCUAGCCAUUAUCUGGCUCCCUCUCAUCCCCAUAGCCAUAUUCCUAAUCUCUCAUAAAUACCGGCAAUGCACAAACCCCCGUCCCAAAGGGUGUCGCAAGCUAGGUCUACUAGGCCCCAAAACCAACCUUCACGACGAAUACGAUCCAAAGUACAGCCAAGGUGUGCCUGAGAAGCACACAGACCCAGAGGACAAGCCCUCAUGGCGGAUAAAAGCGCUCUUCGCAUACCCGAUCAAAAGCUGCGCCGGCGUCGAGCUAGACACAGCCGACGUCGUCCCAACAGGCUUCACCUAUGACCGCCAAUUCUGCUUCGCCGAAUACAUCACCCCAAAAACCAGCACCAACGGAUCCCAACAAGCCCACUGGACAACAAGGACACUCCGCGACGGCUCGCUCUGCAGAAUGGCUCUCAUCAGACCCGAGAUCUGGGUCCCCGACCCCACAGCUGAGGACUACUCCCCGGAGCUCCAGGAAGUGCAAUCCCAAGGCGUCCUGGUAAUCCACUACCCGCGAGUCACGGCCGGUAUCCUCUCACUCCCAGUGAAACUGGGAGUGAUGCUAGGCCUCCUCUCGAAGGAACUAUCCUUCCGUGUCCCCUUCUCUCCUCCCCCAGAAAAUACGAAUCCUAAGUCAACGUACCCAUUAACCCCCAUCAAAAUCUGGAAAGACACCCCCCUAGCCCACGACUAUGGCUGCCACCUCCCACCCUCACUGCACCGUUUCCUGGACCCUGACCGUACCCGCGGCCCCCUGACCCUCUUCAGGACAAAUUCAUCUCACCACAGAGAAAUCUUCCGGAACGCGCCCCGCAAGGAAGACUUAGGUUUCCAACCAGUAACGGGCUUCGCAGACGCCUACCCCAUCCAUCUCCUCAAUAUAGCUAGCGUGCAAGAUAUAGCCGGUAAAUGCAAAAUGGACAUCCCCGAGCUAAGUAUCCGUCGCUUUCGGGCGAAUAUCAUCGUCCAGGGUCCGGGGGCUUAUGAAGAGGAUCAUUGGAAACGGGUGAGGAUUUUUGGCCCGAAAACUGAGUCUGGGUCUGAGGGUGUGGAGGUCUACACUGCUUGUCGGACUAUUCGGUGUAAGUUGCCGAAUGUGGAUCCUGAUACUGGGAUUCGGCAUCCUGUAGAGCCGGAUCGGGCGUUGAAGAGGUGGAGGAGGAUUGAUCGGGGGGAUUUGACUAAUGCUGCGUUGGGGAUGCAGGUUGUUCCGGCUGUUAGAGAGUUUAGGGUUUGUGUUGGGGAUGGCAUUGAGGUGCUGGAGACUGGGGAGCAUUGUUAUAUUAAGAUGUUGAAGCCUGGGGAGAAGGUGGAGGGGGUUUAG